AGUCUAAAUUUCCAUUUAAAAAAUGUUAACCUUUAAGCUUAUACUCCUAGUUAGUGUAUUUGCUGGCCUUUUUGGCGGCAACUUGACACACGCCGAGGAGCUCGAGGUUCAAUUGGAGGAGGAAGUUGGCCCGGAGGAUGCCUUGGAGAGGGAGGAAAUGAUGGAGGACGAAGAGGAGAUUCCCUUUUACUCCGAGUGGCACGAGAAAAUGGGCGGAUUUCAUCCGAAAUCGUUGCUUUCGAUGAAUGUGCCGCCAAAGUCCACCGAGUUGUUUUACGAAAACGUCAAAAAAGCUCCCACGACCAUCCGGGGGACCUUUUACACACUCUCCAAGGAGGAAUAUUUAACGGUUGAAUUUAGCGUAAAGUCACCCUCAGGUCAAGUGUUGUAUACAACGGUUGGUUCAGAGGGCAUAUUUUCUGUGGAGGCUACAAUGCCUGGAAUUUACGAACUUGCACUUUCAAACACAAACUGGGUGACUUCGGUUGCAGUAACGUUGGCAGUUGGUACGGAUGACCAUUCGGUGCUCCAGUCCAAGCACAUUGCCAAUACUUCAAACAGGAUAAAGUCGUUGGAGGAAAACAUCGACUCGAUAUACUCGCAGUUUAGGUACUUGUGGCUACACAAUCACCGUCAGAUGAACGCCACAAAAUUGGCAGAGAAACACUUGCUCAUGUAUGCCAUUGGUCAGUUUGUAAUAAUCUUCGUUUGCUCCAUCACCAGCGUCUGGUACGUCAAACGCAUCGUAUCAAACAAGCGCAUCUUGUAACGGUCGCCAUGCGACAAGUUGAAAAAUGUACACAUAUGGAUGGUAAA